AUGCUGCCCCCCCAGGGGAGACCAAACUUGCACAACUUGGAGCUCUUGAAAGAGCUACUGCUCUCCGGGGAUAUCUGGGUAUCUCAAGCACCCGAGAUUAGACUUGAUACUCGCAUUACAUUUGUACCUGAUAUGCACCCAUCCUUCGCACGAUUUGUGUCCCAGCUAGGUGACUCUAUUUGCAAGGCAAAGAUGUGGUCUGAUCUAGAGCUUUCUGUUUCCUACAAAAGUUGCGUUUACGGACCCGAACAGACACCUACAUAUAUUCUCUCCUUCGGAAUACAAAGAUCUUUCGGACUGGUACAGAGGGCGACGCCUAGACUACCCAAAAUCUUGAAGGAUGUUAGCGACGCAAUUCCUCCAGGUGAAAUACCGGCUGUUCAUAUGACCUCCAUCGACGUCCGCAUGGAAUAUAGUCACAAAACGAGCCAAUGCACACGAUCUGGGCAACAAGGGUGUGAUGACGGAGGCAACAACAUAGUACAACUGGUUCGGUUCAAUGAUCGGGUUUGUCAAGGGACAUACUGGCCGGACGACAACUUAACUGUCAUAGAAGCCGACGACGGGCGACUCGAAAUCGAUGCGGAGGAAAUGAGCGAAGGUUGGCAGCUUCCUGACCACUCAAUCCCCAGAAAGUCCUUCUCAGAAUUUGGCGCUCUGUUCCAAGAGGGACUGAAGACACUGAUCUUUGGAGAUACUGCACUGAGGCGCAAGAAAAACCGGACAGGGCCAGACGACUUCAAAAGCUUAUCUAGAAUUGCACCCUCGAUAUUCAAGCUCGGAUAUCGCGAGGCAAUCAAUCAACGGUCACGAUUAAUGCCAUCCAUCGCAAAAUCCUUGGCUUCAAUGUUGAAGCGCAGCAAUGACCAGAUUCUUCGGGACAAGCUCGCCGUAGGCGAGACAGUAUUUGCCUCGGACCUGCGCUCCCCAGCAUCUACAGGCGGUGAUAGCACAAGAAGUAUGAUCAAAACGCGGUUAUGGGCUGUCGCGCAGAAGCGACUCUAUAGCUCCCCUACCCUGAAACACUCGACGCCCUGCUCAGAUCACAUGCUCGGUACAGACGGGAAUGAUAGAGCCUGGGAUGAGACUCUCUUGUCUGAAACAAUGACAGAAGAACUGGUAUAUAUCGGCAAUGGUCCCGUUGACGCUAAUAACGACCUAGAUUUCCAAUCGGAUAUCUGCUCAAACGACAACGAACUUUAUCUUGAUAUUGAUGCUGAGAAAGCUGAGGAAGAAUCCCACUCAAUAAUGAUUCUUGAAGAUUUCCAUACCGAGUGCUCGGUACCGAUAGAUAAGCUGACUCCAACGCCGCCCUAUACACGCACAUCAUCAGUACCACUAUCAUUCGGCGACCGCAGUGAAAUAAACCCAAACCAGGAAAUGCUCGAUAUGGAUCCUGACCCUGCAGAGGACUUCGCAUCUCCAUCAAGCCAAGCGUCUCCACUACAAAAUCAUGAUGUAUGCGAUCGGUCAUGCAUCGAAUUUCGUGGGGACGACAUAAUCCCAAGCCAAGUCCAGAUAUCCUUCAAUUGCAGCCAGAAACUUGACUGGGAACAACUCGUCGGCAACGGUGAAGAGGAGUAUGAUAUGGAGAUGCUCUGUAACAAUUUCUGA